AUGGAGGAUUUUUCAGUGAAAACCGAGAUUGUCAAUGAUGAAGCUUUUCUUGAGCAUGGUGAUUUAAAGUUGGUUUCCAAUAUGCCUGAGCAAGAGGUGCAGUCAACAUUAUGUGAAUUAUCAAAUGACUCGUUGCACUCUGAUUUUUCUUCAGAUAUUGGGAAUUAUAUUGGUCAAAACAUGAAUGAAUUAUCUGAUUAUACAAAACAUUUAUUGCUUGAACGACACUGGAUGCCAUCAUCUAAUUAUGUUUUUCCACAUAACAUUGUAAAAAAACUAGGAAAGCCAUGCAAAAAGUUUGCUCAAAGAUCUCAUCUUGAGAAAUUUCAUUGGCUUGUGUUAUCUCAUAAGGAUCAAGGGCUUUAUUGUGUAUACUGCACAUUGUUUGCUAUUACUGGAAAAGAUUUUGCUAGAUCACACCUCGGACGACUUGUUAAGGAACCACUAAAAGUUUUUGAUCGUUUAAUGGGGAAAAAAGGUAUAUUAAUACAACACGAAAGCAAGCAGUACCAUCGGAUGUCAAUUGAAAUAGGGAUAGCUUUUUUAAUGAGUUAUAAAAAUCCUGAAUUUGAUGUUGCUAAUAAAAUUGUCACUUCACGAAUGGCUCAAACAGCUGAAAACAGAGAACGCUUACGACCAAUUAUAAAAACAAUAAUAUUUUGUGGACAUCAAAAUAUAGCUCUGCGCGGGCACAGAGACAAUGGUCCGUUGCUCACUAUCAAUAAUGAUGAAAGUGUAGUCGCAGCUUCAGAAGGAAAUUUUAGAGCUCUUUUAAAAUUUCGAAUUGAUGCUGGUGACACAGCACUUCAGAAGCAUUUGGAAACUGCCAGCUCAAAUGCGACUUAUAUAAGCAAAACCGUACAAAAUGAGUUAAUAGACAUUUGUAAAGCGGAAAUUCGAGAAACUAUUUUUCAAAACAUAAAAAACGCGAAAUUCUUUUCUUUAAUGUUUGAAGAGACGACAGACAUUUUUCAUAUAGAACAGCUGAGUUUAUCUUUCCGAUAUUAUAAGGAUGGCAAUAUUAGGGAAGAUUUUGUAUGUUUCUGUGACGCUUACAAUAUGGUUGGAUGUGAAGAAAAGGACAGCGGGAAAGAGCUUCGAUUGACAGGAGUCGCAUUAGCAAAAAUUGUAGAAAGUCUUUGCCAUCAAUUUGAUGUAGAUUUGUCUUUCUGCGUAGGGAUUUGUACUGAUAAUUGUUCAGUAAUGGCCUCUGAAGCAAAGGGUGCUGUUCAGGAAUUGAUAAAAAAAGCCAAACAUGCAAGACGUUGUCCUUGCAACAAUCAUAUUUUAAAUAACUCCUUGUCUGCUUCUUCAAAAGUUGCAUCCUGCAGAAAUGCAACUGCGACAAUGAAAAAAAUCGUGGCAUUUACAAAUGCAUCUGCAAAACGCCAUCAAGUUUUCUUAGAAGAAUUUAACGGUGUAAAACUUCAAAGCAUAUGUGAGACAAGUUGGGUCGAAAGGCAUGAUGGCCACUUGAAAUUUCAAGGUGAUAAUCUCGUCAAUACUUGUAACGCAUUAGAAAGAAUAUCGACAUGGAAUGAUAGCAAAACUGUAAGCGACGCUUAUUCUCUUUUACAAACACUACGCAGUUCCGACUUUAUAAUAUCAUCGAUAUGCUUAAAUGAUAUUAAAGAAUCUCAAGAAGUAGCAAGACAAUUAGAUGUACAAUUAAAAUCACCUCGAACUAAUGUACGACAAAUGCAUAGAGCGAAUCAUCCGGCAGAAACUGUAGAGGCGUAUUUUCGUAGAUCAAUCUACAUACCUCUUCUAGAUUUCAUCGUAAAUGAUCUGAAUUACAGACUUUCUCCUGAUGUCUUAGACUUAAUUCAGUUAGGAGUAUUUUUACCGAAAUCGACAUACUCUGACCAAGACAUUGAUACUGUCAAAAAAGUUGUACAAAUUUAUAAAUUUUUUUUUAAUGACACUGAAACUUCAAUUAUUAACGAAUAUCGACUUUGGAUGAUUAAAUGGAAAAGAGAAAUAGAAAAUAAAUCACCUAUCCCCGAUUCGGUAGUUGAUCUAAUAGAUCACUGUGACAAGAAUUUGUAUCCGAACAUUAAUAUUUUCUUAAUAAUACUGGCUACUCUUCCAGUCAGUGCUGCAACUCCAGAAAGGUCAUUUUCAACUCUACGCAGAUUAAAAACUUGGCUUCGCGCCUCCAUGGAACAAGAGAGAUUAACAGGAUUAGCUCUUCUCAACAUUCAUAAAGAUUUAACGCUGGACAUUGAUGAAAUAAUCAACAAAUUUUCUAAAAAGAACAGAAGAAUUAACUUUGUCAUUUAA